AGACUCUUUUGUCUUGAGGGAGUUUUUUGUUCUCUCCUCUCUCUCUCUCUCUCUCUGUUCUCCCUCUGUCUGAGUUUUGCUCUGUUCUUCUUCUUCUUCCUGUUUCUCUUCGUCUUCCUGUUUUCGUUUACAGCUGAGAAGACGAGUGAAACCCAGAGAACAAAGAAAAAACAGGGUAACGAUGAGUUGCUUUUGCUGUAAAAAAAAUUCAAAAAAAGAAGAAGAGAGGAACAAUAAGAACAACAACAACAACACCCACAUCAACGGUAGCAAAUCAAAUCGUCUAGAUACUUCAAAAGUGAAUUCAGAGGGGAAUGUAAAAAGGGAAUUGGGUGUAAAAAAGGAGGAGGUCUCUAAGGUUGACCAGUUAUCAAUCGAUGUAAAGGAGUUGAACAUAAACGAGGAGGUUUCUAAGGAUGGAAAGACUAAUGGCAGGCGGCCACAGGCAUUUACGUUGGAGGAAAUGGAAGUAGCAACCCAAAACUUCAGUCCUGACUGCUUUAUAGGUGAAGGAGGAUUCGGCAAAGUUUACAAGGGCCACUUAGAGAAAACUAACCAGGUUGUUGCUAUCAAGCAGCUUGAUCGCAAUGGUUGCCAAGGGAUCAGGGAAUUUGUUGUUGAAGUAUUGACGCUAGGUUUGGCAGAUCAUCAGAAUCUUGUCAAAUUGAUUGGCUUUUGUGCUGAGGGGGAUCAAAGGCUAUUGGUUUAUGAAUAUAUGCCAUUUGGAUCUUUGGAAAACCAUUUGCAUGAUCUUCAAGCUGGCAGGAAUGUUCUGGAUUGGAAUACAAGAAUGAAGAUCGCAGCUGGUGCAGCAAGAGGUUUAGAGUAUCUGCAUGAGAAAAUGCAGCCUGCUAUCAUAUAUCGCGACCUGAAAUGCUCAAACAUUUUGCUUGGUGAGGAUUAUCAUCCAAAGCUAUCUGAUUUUGGCUUGGCCAAAGUAGGUCCGAGUGGAGAUAAGACUCAUGUUUCAACUAGGGUUAUGGGAACAUAUGGGUACUGUGCACCAGAUUAUGCAAUGACAGGUCAGCUGACUUUUAAAUCAGAUGUUUAUAGCUUCGGGGUGGUUCUUUUGGAGCUUAUUACAGGCCGAAAAGCUAUUGAUGGCACAAGACCUCUCAGGGAGCAAAACCUCGUAGCAUGGGCAAGACCCUUGUUCAAAGACCGGAAGAAAUUCUCACAGAUGGUGGAUCCGUUGCUCCAGGGUCAGUAUCCUGUCAGGGGAUUAUACCAAGCUCUUGCUAUUGCUGCGAUGUGCGUUCAGGAGCAGCCUAAUAUGCGGCCUGUCAUAACCGAUAUAGUGACAGCACUAAAUUACCUUGCUUCCCAGAAAUAUGACCCCCAAUUGCAUCCAGUACAAAGCUCCAGAAGGAGUCCAUCUUCUCCUAGAGUGAGAAAAGAUGAUAAUAUGAGUAGGAAUGCGGGUAAUGGGCCAGAGAGAGACUAAGCUGGGGGAUAAAAUUAAGAAUAAAGCAGUCGAUACCAUUUUGUGGUCUUUUAGAGAUGUUGUGCCUAGUUAUCAAUUUUUGCAUCACAGAAGAUAACAGGUACUGCUGCCAUUCUCAAUAUUCACAUACAGAGAAUUUCUGCUCUUCUCUCUUCUCCCCCGCCGUGUACAUGUGAGCCGAUGUUCUUGAUGUCUUGUAUGUAAGAUCUGUCCUUGUAGGAACUUUUGAGAAUAUAUUAGUCAGCCUUAAUUUCUAUACAGUUACUUACAUUCUUUUGCCGUCUU